AUGACAAUUUUUAAAUUAAUCGUGCUUCUUUUGAUUAUCUCAUCAACUUUUGUUGAUGCUCGUGCACGUCGUAGACGACGUCAACUAUCAUCAGCUUAUCAAAGUGGAUAUCCGUAUUCAAGUAGUUACUAUGGAUCAGGAAGUUAUUAUCCAUCAGGUGGUCAAUAUCCUGGAAGUAAUCCUUACAAUACUUAUGGACAAGGUUCUAUGUAUGGUACAAAUUAUUAUGGUACUGGUUCGGGUCUAUAUGGUAAUACAAUGCAACAUGGUCAUGGAUAUCCAAACAGUAACUUAUAUGGUUAUAAUAGUCAAAAUCCAUAUGGAUCAGGCUAUAAUAAUCCGUAUUAUGGUACUGGACAACAAUAUGGACAGUAUGGUACUGGACAACAAUAUGGAAUGUAUGGUACUGGACAACAAUAUGGAACUGGCCAAUAUGGUUAUGGAGGUCAGAUGAAUUAUCCAUAUGGUUAUGGAAGUUUGGGCUAUGGUAAUACGUAUGGUUCUUACAAUCAAGGAAAUCCUUGGUAUCGAACAUCAAGAAAGGGUGAUACUCAAGGACGAUCAGGUGGUGCUACAGAUGGUAAAGAAGCUGGCAAUCCUGUUGGACCUAAUCCAUCUCCACUUUGUGUCACCUCAUCAUCGACAUUAUUAUUAUCAUUCAAAAUAAUAUAUAUCAUGUAUUGGUUUCAAAUAAUCAUCAUAUCAUUAUGUCUACAAAUAUUAUUUAUCAGUAAUAUCAAUGGUAGUGUUAUUCGUCGUCGUCGUCAACAAACAUCUGGAUUAUUAUAUGGAAAUCAAAAUUUAGGUGCAAAUGCACCAACAGGAUAUAAUUAUCCACCGAAUACAAAUUUCUAUGGUACAAAUUUAAAUAAUCAAGGUUCAAAAGAUUUAUAUAAUAAUCCAAUUCUACCAUCAAAUGCUGGUAAUUCAUUGAAUAAUGUUGGUUUAUAUAAUCAACAGCAACAACAACAACAACAACAGCAACAACAAUUAUAUGGACCAAGUGGUCAAGCCUUACCAAAUCCUUCAUAUGGUGGAAGUAGUAUUUAUUCAGGUAGUGGAACAAAUCAACUUUUACGUGACCCAAAUGUAAAUAUGGGAAUGCCGGGUAGUAAUAGUAAUCUUUUACCAGCAGGAUCAGCUGGUUCUUCAUUAUAUCCCUCAUCAAAUUCUCAAAUAGGUUAUUCAGCAAAUACAAAUCAAAUGUUAAAUAAUAAAGAUAUUUAUAAUGCACCAUCAAAUCCAAACAAUAAUCCAUAUGGUUUUAAUAACAAUUUAUAUCCAAAUAGUAAUACUGGUAAUGGACAAAUAGGUAUGAACAGCAAUAAUAAUGCAUGGCCAAAUAAUAAUAAUCCAUAUAAUUUUAAUCCUGGUAAUACAUGGUAUCAACAAAAUCGAGAAUUAAAUCCUAAUAAUAAUAAUAAUAAUAAUAAUAAUAAUAAUGCAUAUUCAAAUCCAAAUUCACCUUAUUUUUAUAAUAAUGGUUAUCAAAAAAUGACAUCAUAUUUAAUUGUUUUUGUUUCAUUUAUUAUUGUAUCUUUUUUUCAUAUAUAA